AUGAACGUCCCUCCUUCGCUACUUGGCGGUGUUGGUCUAGCGCUGUCUGCGCAUAGCCUGCUUGCUCUCAAUGACUCUGUCUUUGGGAUAUCUGGCUUUCUGCAUAGGGCUGUGCGCGGUGCAGGCGAAGGCGCAGUAGGAGUGCUGGCGCUUAUCUCUGGAGGCUUUGUCGUUGGCAUGCUAGAAGGAGCAGAUGUCCCGAUGUUAGGUGGCACAUCUACUGUUCGCCUCGCCGUGUCAGGCUUGUUGGUUGGACUGGGGACGAAGCUGGCCAACGGCUGCACUUCGGGACACAUGCUUUGCGGCAUAUCGAGGUUAUCAAGCCGGUCUCUGGCCGCCACGCUUACCUUCUUUUCUACGGCCGCCCUCACUGCUCGGCUACUUCACAAUGACCUCACUUCAGCCGCGACCGGCUUCCCUGGCACUUCGGAUAACGAUGUACUUCUCCUCUCUGGUGCCGCAUUGUCUCUGGGAGCUGCAUGGGCCAUAUCUGCUUCGAGACGUCCUACAUCCGACCCAAAUGCUGCUGUGACAGUUAACGACUCGGCACGUCGUUAUCCUAUCCAAUUUUGCUCCGCUCUGGGCUUUGGCCUCUCCUUACGCGUCUCUCGCCUUGUCGACCCGAAUCGCGUACUUGGAUUCCUUUUGCUCCCAAUACACCCAUCUUUCGAUCCGGCACUGCUAUACCUCGCGGCCGGUGCGAUGCCGCUCCUGACUGCAUUGUACUGGGCCGGGCCAACGAGGCUGAAGAAUAAGACCAACAUCGACGCUCGAUUACUCGUCGGCGCGGCGAUAUUUGGUGUCGGUUGGGGUAUAGAUGGGAUUUGUCCCGGGCCGGGACUCGUAAACUUCGGACAUGCCUUGGCGGUCGGGCAGCACGUCAGCGAAUUUGGCGUGUGGCUAGCGGCUGCAGUGGCUGGCGGCUUGUUCGUAUGA